UUGCCUUCCUGUCAAAGCCUCAAGGCCUCGUUACUCCCAAGAAAAAAGGCAACGGCAAUAAAAGAAGAAAAGGCAAAGGCCUGGGGAAGAAGAGAGACCCGUGCCUGCGGAAGUACAAGGAUUUCUGUAUUCACGGCGAGUGCAAGUACAUCCGAGAGCUGGGAGCUCCCUCUUGCAUAUGCCAGCCAGGCUAUCAUGGGGAGCGCUGCCACGGCCUCCUGCUGCCAGUGGAGCACCCGCCCAGCGCCUACGACCACACCACAGCCCUGGCCGUGGUUGCUGUUGUCCUGUCCUCCCUGUGUCUCGUCAUCAUCGCAGCCCUGCUGAUGCUCAGGUGUCACAAGAGGGGUGGCUACGAUGUAGAAAACGAAGAGAAAAUCAAGCUGGGCAUCACUGUGAAUCACUGAGGAUGCCAAGUGCUGGCAAGGUGAGCCCCUGGCUGGGCGUGGGGCUGGUAGACAUCUUGGGGCUCUGCUGUUUGUGCUGAGGGUCUGCUGUGUGGAUCCUGUGCCAGAGCUAGGCAGGAGCUGAAGGCAGCCUGAGUCUGGAGUGGCAGCUGGCUGAGAGUCUGGGCUGCCCUGUGGAGCUCCAGUCUUCUUUUCUCCCCUUCCUGCUGAAAUCCUGUCCCCUGGCAUUCCUAUGUCCUUCUUUCUAACCCCAAGUCCCUGCUCUGUGCUGCUGUUCCAUGCUUUGGAGAUGUUUGGUAGUAGGGAAGCUGCUUCUGUUUUGUUUAGCUUUUUCCCCUUGCUCAUUCUGCUCUCUCUCUGACCCUCUGAGUCACUUCCCCUCCUUAGAUAUCGCCUCUAUUUAUAUACAUGUGUAAAAAACCCCUUUCCUUUUCAUUCCCACUCUGCUUAUUACUUGCACCAAAGCAAGGCCUAUCAGCUUGGCAGAGGGGCAUCUUGCUGCCAGCCCAUGCCAUGUUCUGGCUGGGUUGGGAUGUGUGCUCUGCCCCAGGGGUGGCUCUGGGGCAGGGUGCUGAAAAUCUGUCAAACUUCCUCUGAUCUGACCUAAACCCUGACGUUAGAUGUAGUCA